AAAUAGAAAAGUGAUGUGUGGGAAAGUCCGCUUCCUAUUCGACGACACGAACGAAGCCGCCAUCAUCAUCAUCAACUAUGCCAUAGGCGAUAACUUCGAGAUCAGCUUCAAAACUGAGCUUUAAUUAAACAGCAGGAUCUUCUUUCUCUCUCAUUCACAAACUGAGCUUAAUUAAACAGCAGGAUCUUCUCAACCGAUUCAAAAAUGGCUCAAAUGGUGGCUUCUCGACCGAUUCACAGCUCCUUGGCAUGUCCUACCUCUGGAUCUAUCAUAUCCAGAGCUGAGAACAUUCAGCCUUCCGUUUUUUCUUCUAGAAUACCGGUUCACAAUGAUAGGAAGAACCGUCGCUCUUUUCGCAUUUCGGCAGCCGUUGCCGGAAAGAGAUCUACUCGUCUGGAGCCUGAAGUCAUUCCUGUCUCCCCCGAAGAUGUUCCCAAGAUUGGAGACGAAAUGGAAUAUGUAAUGGGACUUCAGAAGUUCAGUGACACUUCCGUGGGUAUGUGGUCGAAGCCCACAGUUAGACGCAAGACAAAAAUUGUCUGCACAAUUGGACCAUCUACAGAUACCAAGGAAAUGAUAUGGAAGCUGGCUGAGGCUGGCAUGAAUGUUGCUCGUAUGAAUAUGUCACACGGAGAUCACGCAUCUCAUCAGAAAGUCAUUGAUUUGGUCAAAGAAUACAAUGCUCAAGCCAAAGACAAUGUCAUUGCCAUAAUGCUUGACACGAAGGGUCCUGAGGUUCGAAGUGGCGAUUUGCCCCAACCAAUUAUGUUAGCGAGUGGGCAAGAAUUUACCUUCACUAUAAAAAGAGGUGUCGGUACUGCAGAUUGUGUCAGUGUUAAUUAUGACGAUUUUGUCAAUGAUGUAGAAGAUGGAGAUAUGCUUCUAGUUGACGGUGGUAUGAUGUCAUUUUUGGUGAAGUCCAAGACAGAAGAUUCUGUAACAUGUGAGGUUGUUGAUGGUGGAGAGCUUAAAUCAAGACGACAUUUAAAUGUUAGGGGAAAAAGUGCUACACUUCCCUCUAUCACAGAGAAGGAUUGGGAUGAUAUCAAGUUUGGAGUGGACAACAAGGUUGAUUUUUAUGCAGUCUCAUUUGUCAAAGAUGCUGCUGUCGUGCAUGAAUUGAAGAAUUACUUGAAAAGCUGCAAUGCUGAUAUACACGUUAUUGUGAAAAUUGAAAGUGCGGAUUCUAUUCCAAAUUUGCAUUCCAUAAUUACUGCUUCUGAUGGGGCAAUGGUUGCUAGAGGGGAUCUUGGUGCAGAGCUUCCAAUUGAAGAGGUUCCACUGUUACAGGAAGAAAUAAUCAGGAUAUGCCGUAGCAUGGGGAAAGCCGUUAUUGUGGCUACAAACAUGCUUGAAAGCAUGAUCGUCCAUCCCACACCAACCCGAGCAGAGGUAUCAGAUAUUGCAAUAGCUGUUAGAGAGGGUGCUGAUGCAGUUAUGCUUUCUGGAGAAACUGCUCAUGGAAAAUUUCCUCUGAAAGCUGUCAAAGUGAUGCAUACAGUUGCAUUAAGGACGGAAGCAACCUUGGUUGGCGGAGAAACACCUCCUAAUCUUGGACAGGCAUUCAAGAGGCAUAUGAGUGAGAUGUUUGCUUUUCAUGCAACGAUGAUGUCAAACACUUUGGGGACCUCGACUAUUGUAUUCACUAGAAGUGGUUUCAUGGCUAUUCUUCUGAGUCAUUAUCGUCCUUCUGGAACGAUAUUUGCUUUCACAAAUGAGAAAAGGAUACAACAGAGGUUGGCUUUAUACCAGGGAGUAUGUCCAAUUUAUUUGGAAUUCUCGGAUGAUGCUGAAGAAACAUUUGCUACUUCUCUGUCCUUGUUGAAGGAGCAAGGAAUGGUAAAGAAAGGAGAGCAGGUGGCGAUAGUCCAGAGCGGUAGAAAGCCUAUCUGGCGUUUCCAGUCCACUCAUAAUAUCCAGGUCAGGGAAGUCUAGUCGAAAUCCCCCCAAAUCCUUAUUUGGAUCAUCUUGAGUGUAGAAGAAGAAUAAGAAGAAGUCAGGUUGGUUUUAUUCUUUGUUCUUGUGAUGCAUCUAUGUUUUUUGUUAACUUUAUUAUUCUCCUUCUCCUUUGUUGGUGUUCUACGAAUGGUUAAAAAAACUGUUGAUUUUAGUGUAGUAUUAGGAGGAGAGGUGGAUGGAUAUUAGCUUGUUGUUCAAUUUGGAAGGUGUACUGUGUUGUUUCAAAUUGACUUGAGAAUUAGGUUGUUUGAUUGGUAUGCUAUGCUAUAUUAUAAGCCAC